UCAGAGGAGCGAGCGUUACAGCUUAGAACUUGCAACAAACAAGUUACAACCACUAGUAUUUCCUCCGAAUCCAAUUCCCAGAAUCAAAUCGAAAAAGGGAAUGGAAAAUGACAAGGAAAACGAAAACAACAAAACCAUCGUACAGUUAAAAGGCAUCCCAACUCACGGCGGAAAAUAUGUCCAGUACAGUGUGCUGGGAAACCUCUUUGAGGUCACCUCCAAGUACAUUCCCCCUAUUCAACCCGUUGGCCGUGGCGCUUAUGGCAUCGUUUGUUGCGCAACUAAUUCUGAGACAAAGGAAGAAGUCGCAAUCAAGAAAAUUGGGAAUGCAUUUGAUAAUAGGAUUGAUGCCAAACGGACCCUUCGCGAGAUCAAGCUUCUUACCCAUAUGGAUCAUGAAAAUAUUAUCAAGAUUAAGGAUAUAAUAAGGCCUCCGGAGAAGGAAAAGUUCAAUGAGGUUUACAUUGUUUAUGAGUUAAUGGAUACUGAUCUGCAUCAGAUAAUAUGUUCUCCCCAAGCACUCACAGAGGAUCACUGCCAAUAUUUUCUAUAUCAGUUAUUAAGGGGACUGAAGUACAUACACUCUGCCAAUGUUCUGCAUCGAGAUCUAAAACCCAGUAAUUUGCUUCUGAAUGCCAAUUGUGACCUCAAAAUUUGUGACUUUGGCCUUGCAAGAACCACCACAGAAACGGACUAUAUGACCGAGUACGUUGUAACUCGGUGGUAUCGCGCUCCUGAGCUACUGUUGAAUUGUUCAGAAUAUACUACGGCAAUUGAUAUUUGGUCAGUUGGCUGCAUUUUGCUGGAGAUUUUUAAAAGGGAACCUAUCUUUCCAGGUAGAGACUACGCUCAGCAACUGGGGCUUAUAGUGGAGCUAUUGGGGUCCCCAGAUGAUGAAGAUCUUGGAUUCCUGCGGAGUGAGAAUGCGAGGAAGUAUGUGAAGAAGCUUCCCAUCUUUCCAAAGAAACCUUUCUCCCACAAAUUUCCAGACGUGUCCCCUGUUGCUAUUGAUCUUGCAGAGAGAAUGCUGGUAUUUGAUCCAUCUAAACGCAUAACUGCAUUACUGUUUCUGUUUGAUGAAGUUGAGGGAGCAUUGAAUCAUCCGUUUCUAUCAAGUCUACAUGAGAUAAAUGAGGAGCCUACAUGUCCAUCCCCUUUCAUCUUCGACUUUGAACAGACGUCAUUGAGUGAGGAAGAGAUAAGCGAGCUCAUCUGGACGGAGUCUGCAAAGUUCAACCCGGAUAAAACGGAGUCCUAGAAGACAGAAGCCGUUUAGGCAUUGGUCUGUUGGCUUCCUUCACAAAAUUUUCAUGGAUUUGCGAGUUUUGGUUGGCAGGUUAGGCAAUAUGCAGUGGAUUGAAAGGCAGUUUACAUAAAUCAAGAGUUAUACAGAGUUCAAACUGAAUACUCAAUACCUUGUAUGUAUGUAUGAAGCCGGUUGUGAUGUGAAAUCUUUUGCCUUUUAACUUUUACUUGUGUUGUAAUCUGCGCUGUUUGUAUAUGUACAAAGCAAAUGGUGGUGAUGUCUGUCAUUGGGGAACCAAUGCUCUUACGCUUGUACCCAAGAGUUCUCCCCGUAAACCAUCCAUUUUUGUUGGAACACAAAAUACUGCUGUAGAAUAAUUAAGAAGUGCCAA